AUGCGUUACCUCUUCGCUUGGACUUUUGAAGUUCCAACUGCAACCACAUCCUCUGAAUUUUCUUCGCUCGGAGAAGAAAGUCGUACAGCCACUGCUCUUUCUGGCAUUGCAGCUACCUUACUCGACAAUGGUCGAACGCUUCACUCUCGCUUCAAGAUUCCCAUCAACAUCACUCCUGAAUCCACUUGCCAGGUGUCUGACCAACAUGCAAGUGCACAGCUCUUCAGGAUGACAGACUUGAUCAUAAUUGAUGAAGUCAGCCAAGGUGACAAACUGUUAUUCGAAUGUUUGGAUCGAUCAUUGCGUAACAUUAGGAAGAAUCAAGAGUUGUUUGGAGGAAUCUGCGUUCUGUUUGUUGGUGAUUGGAAACAAAUUCUUCCCGUUGUGAAACGCGGAAGUCGAGCACAGAUAGUCAACGCAACCUUGAAGACAUCAUACAUCUGGAAGUCAGUAACAGAACUGAAACUAUCACUCGACAUGAGAGUUCGCAUUUCAUCCGAUGCCACCUUUGCAUCCUAUCUCAGAGACAUAGGAUCAGGGAACUGUUCGUACAUUGAGCCUCCGAGAAAUACGAUUGAAGAUAGCCCUGAAUUUGUGCUAGAAUCCUCUUCUGUUUCUGAUAUUUGCAAGUUUGUCCUUGAUGGAUUAAGUGAGAGUAAUGCGGACCCGUCGGGGCUAUGUUCGCGAGCUGUAAUAGCUUCAACCAAAGAAGUCGUCAAUAGUGUCAACGAGCACAUGAUCAACAACUUCCCCGGAGAAAGUCGCGAAUAUUUCAGCUAG